ACUAUUCUUUAGACGGAACAUACCAAAGAAACAUUCAAAUAGAAUACGUAUAAAGCAAAUAAAAGAUAUAAAUUAAUUUUAAAAAUGGGAAAACUGAUUUUAUAUGGAACUGAAGCAAGUCCUCCAGUACGCGCUUGCAAACUUACAUUGGAUGCACUAGGUCUAGAGUAUGAAUACAAAAUAAUUAACACUCUUGCUGGAGAGCAUAAAACAAAAGAAUAUCUUCGGAAAAACCCACAGCAUACUAUUCCUAUGUUGGAAGACGAUGACAAGUAUAUAUGGGAUUCACACGCUAUAUGCGCAUAUUUGGUCAAUAAAUAUGCUAAAACUGAUGAAUUAUAUCCGAAGGAACCAUACGCACGUUCAAUAGUAGACCAACGUUUGCAUUUUGAGUCAGGUGUCCUAUUUCAAGGGUGUAUCAAAAAUAUCGCUUUUCCAAUCUUUUAUCAGAAUGCCACUGAAGUACCACGGGAAAAAAUCGAUGCGGUUUAUGAGGCUUACGAUUUUCUAGCAACAUUUCUAGGUGAUCAACCCUAUAUAUGUGGUAAAACCAUGACUAUUGCUGAUUUCAGUAUUGCAUCAACUGUGACCAGUUUAGUGGGUUUAGCUCCUGCAAUACCAAAAAAAGUUACUGCUUGGAUCGACCGAUUAAGCAAAUUGCCAUACUAUAAUGAAGCCAAUGCAAAAGGAGCCCAAAUGUUAGUUGACAUGUUUAACGAAAAAAUAAAAAAAAUUGUUUAAUUACAUAAAUUUCAUAUAUUUCUGCUACUAUUCGAAAAAAAUUGAAAUUUAUUACACAGACUAUUACUAACUGUACACAAACUUUAGUAAA